GCGGGGUCCCGGCCGGGCCGUUGGCGUGAGACGGAAUGACUACGGGCUCGGCCCCGCUGUACCGAAAGCGGUAAUAUGCUCCAACGAAGCACGACCAUUCAAGCGCUCAAUAAUUACCAUCCAAGCGUCCUAUAUAUCACUGUUCAUCAUCUUACGCCGGCCACGUCUGCAACAGUCACCGUCACCUAUCAUGCCCAACGGAACCUGGAUCCUCGGCGAUCUCUUCACCAAAGACUACGGCCAUGCAGGCUCCAUCAAGAACCUGUGGGAAAUGCGAUGGAUGUUCCCCUGCCGUCGCGGUGUUUACCCCUUCCACGACGGAAAGUUCGAAGACUUCGAACCCGUCUUUGAGCACCUGAUCUCCCAAAACAUCAACGAUCCCUACUCGGACGACUACACCAACGCCUUCCUCCCCGUCGCGCAAAACCUCGCCAAAGAAGCCCAAGAGACAGAAACCAAGGACAAGGAAGCAGCGAAGAAGCUGUAUCUCCGCGCGAAUGCGGUGUUCAGACUAGCGCGCUUUCCUUACAUCGGCACAGAGCUCAAAAAGCAAGUCUUCGAAAUGCAGAAAGAAACCUACCUCCGCGGGACAAAGCUCUGGGACGUCCCGAUCGAGGAACACAUCAUCCCGCACGCUCAUGCCGCCAACAACGACGGUCCCCAAAUCCCCGUCUACCUGCGCAAACCCCCCGGUCCCGGCCCCUUCCCCACCAUCCUCCUCAUCACCGGCCUCGACGGCCACCGCCCCGACAACACCGAGCGCACAGACGAGCAUCUCGCCCGCGGCUGGGCAACCCUCAUCUGCGACAUCCCCGGCACAACCGUCGACUGCCCGGCCAACAAGCGCGAUCCGCUCUCCCCCGAUCGCCUGUUCAGCAGUAUCCUGGACUGGAUCGAGCAGCAGCCGCACCUCGACGAGAAGCGGGUCAUUGCAUGGGGCCUCAGCGCAGGCGGCUACUACGCCAUCCGCCUCGCGCACACGCACCGCGAGAAGCUGCUCGCCAGCGUCGGCCACGGCGCAGGAACGCACCACUACAUCGGGCGCGAGUGGCUCAGCCAGAUCGCAAAGCACGAGUACCCGUUCGGCCUCGAGGAAGCGUACUGCCAGAAGUACGGCUAUGCGGACUUCGAGGAGAUGAAGGCGAAGUGCCAGGACGAGUUUAGCUUGAUUUCGGGCAAGGGCGAGGGCGUCGCGGUCGUUGCGGAGGGCAGGCCGAGCUGUCGGUUGCUGUUGGUUAAUGGCGUGCUGGAUGGGUGUAUGCCUAUCGAGGAUAGUAUGCUGGUAGCUGAGUAUGGGAGCCCGAAGGAGAUGCGGUUUGUGCAGGGGAGGCUGCACAUGGGGUAUCCCGAGGCGAACGGGAUUGUGUAUCCGUGGAUGGAAGGGGUUAUGGGGGCAAGUGAGCGGAGGUGUGUAGAUAGAGGCAGGGGUUAGUCGGGGUGGAGUGGAUAAAUAAGACACGAAGGAGUGUGAGAUCGAGACGCAUAAGAGGUCUAGUAUUAUUUCUCCAUUAUUGCAGUGAAGAUUCCUCCAGCCCGGAUCAGAACCGUU